AUGUUUGACUUAUCACGCUAAAACUAAAAAAAAAAUUUGGUUUCGGUCUCUCAAAAUUUCUUCAAAAUUCAUCCUUACGCCAGAAUCAUUUGCCGGAGGGCCAAUCUGCCCCCAUGUUGCAGUAUUAUGUCAAACCUAGGAUAUCGCUGUUACGCCAGCAAUUGUAAAAAGAAGAAACCGCCAAAGUUCCAACUGGACCGCGGACCAUUUGCAUCCGAAUUAGAUUACCAGUCGCGACUGCAGUUCCAAGCACCUGCUCUGAGUGUUCCCCUCAGCGGAAUCAUUUGCACGAUUGGACCGUCGUCCAACUGCCCAGAAGUGCUACUGGAGCUCAUCCGGGCGGGGAUGCGGGUAGUGCGUAUGAACUUUUCUCACGGCACCCAUGAAUACCAUUGCCAGACAAUACAAGCGGCCCGUAAAGCAAUUGCCAUGUAUGAGGAGCAAACGGGUCUUCCCAAGACCGUGGCCAUCGCACUGGAUACCAAAGGUCCAGAAAUUCGAACGGGCAAGGUGGCCGGCGGCAGUGCCACCGCUGAUAUUGAGCUCAAGGCCGGUGAUAAAGUCACAUUGAGCAACAAGAAGGAGCUGGAAAACAACUGCACGAAGGAGAACAUCUACAUGGAUUAUCAGCGAUUACCCGAGAUUGUGAAGCCAGGAAAUCGGAUCUUUGUGGACGAUGGGCUGAUCGCCUUGGUGGUCAAAGAAUCCAAGGGCGGUGAGGUCGUCUGUGAGGUGGAGAACGGCGGUAAGCUGGGCUCUCAGAAGGGAAUAAAUUUGCCGGGUGUUCCAGUAGAUCUUCCCGGUGUAACCGAAAAAGACAAACAGGAUCUCAAAUUUGGGGCCGAACAAAAGGUGGACUUGAUCUUUGCGUCAUUCAUCCGUGAUGUCACUGCUCUGAAAGAAAUCCGCCAAGCACUCGGACCAACGGGUGAAAGCAUAAAGAUUAUUUCCAAAAUCGAAAACCACCAGGGUCUGCUUAACAUAGAUGACAUUAUUCGCGAAUCCGAUGGCAUAAUGGUGGCCCGGGGCGAUAUGGGCAUUGAAAUCCCAAUGGAGGAUGUUCCACUGGCCCAGAAAAUGAUCGUAGCUAAGUGCAACAAAGUGGGCAAACCAGUGAUCUGCGCUACCCAAAUGAUGGAAUCAAUGACGACGAAGCCGAGACCCACACGCGCCGAAGCCUCAGAUGUGGCUAAUGCGAUCUUCGAUGGAUGUGAUGCUGUAAUGCUGUCCGGAGAAACAGCCAAAGGAAAGUAUCCGGUAGAGUGUGUGCAGUCCAUGGCCAAGAUCUGUGCCAAAGUUGAGGCGGUGUUAUGGUACGAAAGCCUGCAAAACAAUCUCAAAAGAGAAAUACGUAACACUGCUGCCGACCAUGUCUCGGCGGUAACAACAGCUAUUGCUGAGGCGGCCACAGUGGGUCAGGCCAGAGCGAUCGUGGUGGCCAGUCCGUGUUCUAUGGUAUCCCAAAUGGUUAGUCACAUGAGGCCACCAUGUCCCAUUGUAAUGCUUACGGGUAACAAAUGUCAGGCGGCCCAAUGCCUGAUUUUUCGAGGCGUUUACCCACUGCUGGUCGAGGAAAUGGUACAUGGAAGCUUGAAUUUUCGACGCAUCAUGCAGUCGGGCCUGAUGCUAAUGGCCAAAAUGAACAUCCUGGAGCCGGGCCAACAGGGAUCGGUUGUUCUAGUCAAUGCCAUGUCGGCGGAAAAGAUCACCUUCCGUCUUUGUACCAUCCGUCAGCAGACUACGGAAGAAAGGGAUCAAGAGGAACGCUGCCGGAAAUUAGCAUUGCAACAGCGCUGCAAAAAGAAGGCUGAAAGAGAUUCCUGUGAACAAGAAAAGGAAUGCCAGAAAAUGCAAGAGGCAGAGGAGUGCAAGAAGGCCGACAAAUGUAAAGAGCCCAAAGAAUCUAAUAAAUGCAAAAACGAUGAGGGAGGUGAGAAAUGCGAGAGAAUGUUAGAAAAUAUGAAGUGCAAAAAAACUGAAGAGAACAAAAGAAAUGAAGCAGAACUUAAGAUAAUAGAGGAGGAAAUGACCAAAAUAGUAUCGGCUGAGAAGGAAAAGAGUUCGGCGGCGGAAAAGAAAAAUAAGGAGGAACUUAAGAAAUGCAAGCUAUUUGCAGAAGAAAAGAAAAAGAAGGAACAGGUCAAAAAGUGUAAAAGGCAGGAGCAAAAGAGGAAACUAGCAGAAAUGGAGAAAAAAUCGAGAAAGACUGCUGCCAAAAGAAAGAAGAAAAGGGAGGUUGAGCUCUGCAAGAAAAUGGCGGAGGAGAAAAAGCAAGCCCAAGAGGAGCAGGACAAAAAAAAUUUAAAAGCAAUAUGCAAAAAGAUAAAGGAACUCUCUUCGAAUCCCGAAAGCUCAAAUAAGGGCAAAAAAUAGUUUAAAUAGGGGGGAGGAGUAUUUAAAUUUAGAGAAAUUGUGAUGCUAAAUUAAAUAUUAUUCGACACAUUUAAAGUAAAACCAUGUGAUCAAAUAUAAAUGAAUUUAUACUUUUAAUAAAACUUACGAAAUGUUGA